AGUUUAAAUGCAAGCAGCGAACCAUCACAGAACUAUUACGGUGAAUAUUUUUAAAAGAUGUGGCCCUUCAAUCCGUCAUGCAAGAGCACGGCACGUCUCGAUGGUAAAACUGUGAUUAUUACGGGAGCGAAUGCUGGAAUCGGUAAAGAGACCGCCAGGGAUUUAUACAGAAGAGGUGCUAGAGUAAUUUUAGCCUGUCGUGAUAGAAUAAAGGCGGAAGCUGCGGUUGACGAUAUAAAAAAGAAUCCACCAUCUAAUCUCGCAGGUCCACAAUUCGCGGGUAAUGUAGGCGAGCUCGCAAUCUACGAGCUUCGUCUCGAUAACUUUCGGAGUGUGAGAGAAUGUGCUAAUAACUUAUUGCGACACGAACCUACGAUACACAUUCUUAUAAAUAACGCCGGCAUAUGUUCGUGUCCGUUCAAAAAAACCGAGGAUGGGAACGAAAUACAGCUGCAAACAAAUUAUCUCGGACACUUCCUGUUGACACUUCUACUAUUACCGAAAUUGCAAUCCUCCGCACCGGGUUGUCGGAUAAUCAACGUGUCGUCUAUAGCACAUUGGUUUAUUAAUAUGCACUUCGAUGAUCUCAAUAUGGAAAAAUCGUACAAUCCGUUACUAGCUUAUGCUCAAAGCAAAUUGGCGAACAUUUUAUUUACCAAAGAACUCGCGCGUCGAUUAGCAGAUGCGAACAUUCAAGGAAUCAAUACCUACGCUUUGCAUCCUGGCCUUAUAGCAACGGAUAUAUCACGUCAUGUGAAUCAAGGCAUGUUUUAUGGCUCAAAAUUUUUGUUCAAUCUAUUAUGUUGGAUAUUUGGUAAGAAUGUUGAGCAAGGAGCGCAGACAACAAUACAUUGUUCUGUGGAUGAGAAAGCAGAUGAAGAAACUGGCCUCUACUAUUACGACUGUCACCCCGGCAUGACAUCCUUUAAAGCGAAGGACAGGCGAAACGCAGAAAGAUUGUGGAACGUAACUUGUUGGUUGUUGCAUUUAAAGCCCGAAGCAAACAUGACUGAAUUAUUGAAAAUCGUUUCACGUCAAAUUACCGAGUGCGAUUAAUCUAUUAAGACAUCCUGCACUGGCAUUAUAUUACGCAUAACAUAAUUGUUGAAUUAAUUAAAUUGAUUAAUAAUUAACAAUUCCUAAUACUUACAAGCAUUUAUGUUAUAGUGAAGGGAAGAGGAAACUAAGAAUAUAAUGGUAUAUUAAGGAUAAUAAUAUUUUAUGUAAUAAAAUGUAAAUCAACAAUUGUUGGACGGUUUACCGCCCACCGUUAUAUAAUUGGAAUAUUUUAAUCUACGAAGCAAAUACUUACACAUGUGUAAAAUCAUGUAUAAACAAGCCUCCGAUACAUCUGUCUUUCUAAAAGCAGUUGCUGAUUAAUAAUUAAAAAGCAAUUCGAUGCAAUAAAUGAAUCAGAAGAUAGAAUUGGAUUCGUCUUUAUCCUUUAACAGAAUAAGGAUGAAAUAUAAGAAAAGGAUAAAAGCUAACUGUAUAAGAUACGUUGAUUUAUAACAUCACAUUAAAUGAAACUCAUAUAUUUGAAUUUGUGGAUUUUGUAUUAAUCUCGAUGUAUCAUAUCGCAUUUUGCGCACGAGAUAUUAAUUACAUUUCAAUGAUGUAUCACAAACUUUUGUAAUAAACCGUGUGUGACAUGUUAAUAAAUA